CGCUCCCAGUCCCCCCCAGUGACCCCCCAGCCCCCCCAGAUGCGGUUCAUGCUGCUGUUCAGCCGCCAAGGGAAACUGAGGCUGCAGAAGUGGUACCUGGCCACGGCCGACAAGGACAAGAAGAAGAUGGUGCGGGAGCUGAUGCAGGUGGUGCUGGCCAGGAAACCCAAAAUGUGCAGUUUCCUCGAGUGGAGGGACCUCAAGGUGGUCUACAAGAGGUUGACCAUGGUUGGCUUGACCGUGAUGAGCCACCCCAAAGUCCUCCAGGAGCCCCUCAAGUGCCACCAAGAGCCACCCCAUGUCCCCUACCCCCAUUUUCCCCCCCGUAACCCGAGCGAGCCGGAAUUUGGGGGUGUCCCCGGGUGUCCCCAAGCCGGUGGUGACCCUCCCGGCCAGGUGUGCGAGCUGGACAUCAUCUUCAACUUCGAGAAGGCCUACUUCAUCCUGGACGAGUUCGUGAUGGGCGGCGAGAUCCAGGACACCUCCAAGAAGAGCGUCCUCAAGGCCAUCGAGCAGGCGGACCUGCUGCAGGAGGUGGGGGCACCCCGAAAUCCCACCGGGAGGGGCUGGGGACCCCAAAAACCCACCGGGAGGGGCUGCGGGACCCAAAAAUCCAUGGGGAGGGGCUGGAGACCCCAAAAAUCCAUGGAGGUUCUUGUAGGGACAUGGUGACCCCAAAAAGCCACAGGGAGCCUCUGCAGGAGGUGGGGACACCCCGAAAUCCCACCGGGAGGGGCUGGG